CUCAACAGCCUUCAAAUAAGUAUAAGUUGAAGCAAGAAUUAAUACCCAUUAGAUUUCCCAUCUCGCACAAUAUAGACAUACAUGAACGGCAUUCCAUAGAAUAUAGUUACUGCCUGAGGCAUUAACUAACAAACUACCCGCGAAUCAUUACAUAAUCCAGAUAGCUCUCCAGACUAUCAACGACUUCAUCGCAAGUCGCAAAUGAGACCGACCAGGUCCCCAAACAGCAGCUAUGGCAUCCACAACGAGUCCUCCACCCGUGGAGCGAGACGAGAACACAACAGAUCAAACCUCCACGAAUGAAAACGCACUCACGACCCAAAAUGCCGAGAACGCAAUCACGUCCACGGACGGCGGCAACGAAGGAGAGAAGAAGACUAAGAAGAUAAUCCGUCGCAAACGACGACCUGCGCGACCGCAAGUCGACCCGUCGACGAUCAAAUCAGAACCACCGCCUCAGACGGGUACGGUGUUUAAUAUCUGGUAUAAUAAAUGGUCAGGCGGUGAUCGCGAGGAUAAAUACCUUUCUAAGACUCAUGCUCCGUCGCGAUGUAAUAUUGCUAAGGAUAGUGGAUAUACGCGCGCUGAUAAGGUGCCUGGAUCGUAUUUCUGUCUGUUUUUCGCUCGGGGUGUUUGUCCCAAAGGACAUGAAUGCGAAUAUCUUCAUCGUCUACCUACCAUACACGACAUGUUCAACCCGAACGUAGACUGUUUCGGCCGCGACAAGUUCAGCGACUACCGCGACGACAUGGGUGGCGUUGGCUCGUUCAUGCGGCAGAAUCGAACUCUCUACGUAGGCAGGAUACACGUUACCGACGACAUUGAGGAGGUGGUCUCUCGCCACUUCGCGGAAUGGGGCCAGAUCGAACGUAUUCGAGUUCUGACCUCGCGCGGUGUUGCUUUCGUUACGUAUUCGAACGAGGCGAAUUCACAAUUUGCAAAAGAAGCCAUGGCCCAUCAGAGUCUUGAUCAUAAUGAAGUGCUCAAUGUUCGCUGGGCGACUGUGGAUCCGAAUCCUCUGGCGCAGAAGCGUGAGGCUCAGAGAAUUGAUGAGCAGGCCGCUGAAGCGGUGCGCAGGGCACUGCCAGCAGAAUUCGUGGCGGAGCUGGAAGGCAGAGACCCAGAGGCUCGCAAGAGAAAAAAGAUUGAGGGAAGUUUCGGGCUGGAUGGCUAUGAACCACCAGAUGAGGUGUGGUAUGCGCGGGCCAAGGAGCUGGAGGCGACAGACCAGUCGAAGCAGCUAGAGGCACCGGAAGAGCGGCGGCUUAUUGAAAGCGCCCCUGUUCCCGCAUUUACGGAACAGCCUCAACAAGAAGCAGGCGGUGGUGGAAUUAUCUCAAGUUCAACUUUAGCGGCCUUAAAAGGAUUUGCGGGAGCAAAUAUCACGACGCAGGCGCCUCAAAAAACGGCAGGUCCAUUGGUUGCUUACGGCAGUGAUGAUGAAAGUGAUUGAAACCAUAGCAAUGCUUCAUUGGUCUCUGUUUUUUUCUGCAUACAUAGUGUACAAUAGUAGCGAUACCUAAAGGGGAAAUCCUGUUUCUCGAUCGAUAACCUCA